UUCAGUGGCUAUAUUAUAUAUUUAUUAUUCUAUUAAUUCGUUUCUAUUAAUAUGUUAUUUUGUUUUUAAUACCGGCGGUGUUCAUUUAAAAUGGCUAAAUUGACAGCCAGCUGGUUGAAUCCCAAAUGGAUUCCGGUUCCUUAUGUAUGUGCACUCUGUAGGGUGUGAGUGAGUGGGAUAACGCGCCCUAUGUAGUGCACUAUAAGUGUGAGUGGAAGUAAUUUGGAAUUCGGUACCUUGUUAGCUAACUUGGCUAGCGUGAAUAAUUCAUUAUUUGCCAGCCCCUGGCCCUGAUGAUCUGCCUCUGUCCCUGCUGGAGAUGGGCUGUUCAGGGAAGUUUGAGCUCCUCACACACCCACAGCCCGGUCACACACCCUUCCCACCACAGAGCACGCUUCCUCAUGGGCUUCCUCCAUUCAGUCUGGACCUGAAGAUGGAGGUAGAGAAACGUUUCCUGCAGGAUCCCGCAUGGAUGCCCAUACACGAUACCACAGACGCCUUCCAGAAGUUUCUUAAACUGACUAAAAGGGACAGACAAGUGGAUUCGUUGUUGCACUGUUCGCUGUCUCCUCUGCACUCGGGUCUGUCUGUAGUGAGAGAUCCCACCACCGGCAUGCUGCUGGAUUUUACAGAGGUGUUGCUGGAGCACACUGGCUUGUCAGCAAAGAACUCUUUAUCAAUGCAGCGGCAGCCUGGACCUCCAUCUGAGAGCCUGAGAGGCAGCAACACCAACUACCCCUUCCUACCAGGUGGUAUGGAGGAGCUGACGUUAGAGCAGAUAAAGAAAAAGUCCGAGUUGGAGGAGGACAUUGACUUUGAGAAUGAUUUACUGACGGUGCCUCCGGGGCUAAAAGCUGGCAUGAACUUCAGUAACAAAGAAGCUAACACUACAAAAGGAGACGUGAACCUGCUGUCCCUGCUGUCUACGUUUGAUGAUAUAAUUGAACCUGUGCCUGAGGAGAAAGAGAGAAGCUCAGGAAGUGGAGAGGAGUCCAAACUCCACAGAACUAACAGCCUUGAGGAUCUGGGCAUUAAGGACACACUGCCAUCUCCUGCUCCCGCUGGAGCUUCAUCACCGAGCAAGACAGAUGGAGGAAUACAGAAAAUCAGAGAAGAAAAGAAGGAAAGGAAGUGGGCUAUGCCUGUGGACAUCACCUCUCCGUGUGAGGAUUUCUACAAACGAAUCCCCAAUCCUGCUUUUAAGUAUCCGUUUGAGCUGGACGUGUUUCAGAAGCAGGCUAUCCUCAGGCUUGAGGCUCACGACUCGGUCUUUGUGGCUGCUCACACCUCGGCGGGCAAGACUGUGGUGGCUGAGUACGCCAUAGCGCUCUCGCAAAAACACAUGACCAGAACCAUCUACACGUCCCCCAUUAAAGCUCUGUCCAAUCAGAAAUUCCGCGACUUUAAGAACACAUUUGGUGAUGUUGGACUUUUGACUGGAGAUGUUCAGCUAAACCCUGAGGCCUCCUGUCUCAUCAUGACCACUGAAAUAUUGAGGUCUAUGCUGUAUAACGGCUCAGAGGUCAUUCGGGACCUGGAGUGGGUUAUAUUCGACGAGGUUCAUUACAUCAACGAUGCCGAGCGGGGUGUUGUGUGGGAGGAAGUGCUCAUCAUGCUGCCUGAACAUGUUAGCAUUAUUUUGCUCAGUGCUACAGUGCCCAAUGCAGUGGAGUUUAGCGAAUGGAUCGGGCGUAUAAAGAAGAGGCCGAUCUACGUGAUCAGUACAGUGAAGAGACCGGUGCCACUGGAGCACUACCUCUACACAGGAAACAGCACCAAGACUCAGAAAGAGCUCUUCCUCCUGCUGGAUGCUACCGGAGGUUUCCUCACCAAAGGGUACUACGCCGCUGUGGAGGCCAAAAAGGAGCGCACCAGUAAACAUGCCCAGUCUUUUGGUACGAAGAAGGUGUCACAGAGCACCACACCAAGUCAGGACCGGGCUGUGUGGCAGACGCUGCUCAACUUCCUGUCAGAGAGGCAGCAGACUCCGGUGGUGGCGUUCACCUUCUCACGCACACGCUGUGACGAAAACGCUCGCUCACUCACCUCUCUGGACCUGACCACCUCAGUGGAGAAGAACGAGAUCCACUCCUUCUUCCAAAAGAGUCUGAGCAGGCUGAGAGGAGGAGACCGUCAACUCCCUCAGAUCCUGCUGAUGAGGGACUUGCUGAAGAGAGGCAUUGCCGUGCACCACAGCGGCAUCCUGCCGAUCCUGAAGGAGGUCAUCGAAAUGCUUUUCUCUAGAGGCCUUGUAAAAGUUCUUUUCGCCACCGAGACUUUUGCGAUGGGUGUAAACAUGCCUGCCAGGACCGUAGUGUUCGACAGCAUCCGCAAACACGAUGGAACUGGAUUCAGAAACCUUCAUCCUGGUGAGUACAUACAGAUGGCAGGGCGAGCAGGCAGAAGAGGGCUGGAUGCUACAGGCACGGUCAUCAUCCUCUGCAAGACUGGAGUUCAUGAAAUGGCGGAUCUGCAUACGAUGAUGCUGGGAAAGCCAACGUUGCUGCAGUCCCAGUUCAGGCUGACUUACACCAUGAUCCUCAACCUGCUGCGAGUCGAGGCUCUCAGAGUCACCGACAUGAUGCGCAGGAGCUUCUCUGAGAGCCACAGGGACACACAGGCCAAUGAGAGGAGGAUAUCAGAGUUGAAAAGUGAGCUUUCCUCUCUCCCACCUCUUGACACAGAGGGUCAGUUAUCUGAUCUGCUCUCCUAUUACCACACAUUGACAGAGCUACGCAUAACAACAGAAGCCCUGCAGCAAGCAGUGAUGGAGUCAGUGAACGGAAUGAAGGCUUUGUCAGUGGGGCGGGUUGUUGUGGUCAACAACGCUCAGCACUUCAACGCCCUGGCUGUCCUCUUACAGGUGUCCACUGACUCUGUGAAUCGGACGUUCACUGCCCUCAUCAUUUGUGAUAAAGGGAACGAAGAAGCAGCAGGACCCAUACAGAACAACCGGGAGUUCACACACCUUCACAACAGCAGCCUUUUCAUCCCAGAGGGUCCCUGCAGUCACACAGUGCAGAAGCUGAAGCCGCAGGACAUCUCAGCCAUCACAGUUAAGACCCUGAAGGUCAUUCCAGAGAGGAUUAUCGAUAACUAUAACAAGAGACAGCAGCCCCGCUUCAGACUGGAUCCACCCGGUCAAGCCAUUUCCACUGCGACUCAGGAGCUCCUGCGAUUGGCUGAGGCCAGCCCAGAUGGCAUCGCGACCCUCGACCCUGUGAAUGACCUCCACCUGAAGGGUGUGGAUGUGGUGGAGGGUGUGAUGAGGCAGCGAGUCCUUCGGGACAGCCUCAAAGACUUCCACUGCACCCACUCACCCACCUUCACUGAGCAGUUUGCACGUGUGCAGGAGCGGAUGAAACUGCAGGAAGAGUUGGAUAAACUGCUGUUCUUGAUCUCAGAUCAGUCACUGACUCUGCUGCCAGAGUACCACCAGAGGAUUAAGGUCCUGGAGGCUCUGAAUUACAUUGAUGGUAGCGGAGCGGUGCAGCUGAAGGGUCGAGUGGCGUGUCAGAUCAGCAGUCAUGAGCUCCUGCUCACAGAGCUGCUGUUUGAGAACACACUGAGUCCUCUGGCCCCGGAGGAGAGCGCCGCCCUGCUGUCCUGCCUCGUCUUCACACAGAACACUCAGAUAGAACCGCACAUCCCCAACACGAUCCAAGAGGCAAUCGAUCGGGUGCUGUGCGUGGCUCAACGUAUCGGGGAGCUACAGCGCGACUGUGGCCUCUCUCAGACCGUCGAAGACUUUGUGUCCCAGUUUAAGUUUGGCCUGACUGAGGUGGUGUACUGCUGGGCCAGAGGAAUGCCCUUUGCAGAGAUCGCCCAGCUGACGGACGUGCAGGAGGGAACGGUGGUGCGCUGCAUUCAGAGACUGGAUGAAGUUCUGAAGGAGGUUAGACAAGCAGCCCGAAUUGUAGGAGAUUCGGUUUUGGGCAGCAAGAUGGAGAGAGCAUCGCUGGCCAUUCGCAGAGACAUCGUGUUCACGGCAUCUCUUUAUACGCACUGAGAGAGUGUGCGCCUCAGGAUGGCUGAGUGUGUGUGCUAAUGUGUAAAAAUGGGCAAGUAAACAUAAAGUGCCAGUUAAUGAUUGCAUGAAUGUGCUAACAUCCUAAUUAAUUGAUGUGUAACAGCGAAAACACUGAGGAUCAGCGUGCAUUGUUGAAGGAGAAAUGGCCAUUUUACAUCUGUAAUGAUUAAAGAUGGCGCCUCUGAGCACUGAAGACAGCUGAAGAUACUAAAUCCAUGUGAUUGCAGCUUUGAAGUGGGUCCAAAUGUUUACAUUGUGUGUGUGUGUGUGUGUGUGUGUGUGUGUGAGGGAGAGAGAGAGUGAGUUUGCUUGCAUUGUUAAGAAAGCAGUAAUGUCUGAUGAAUUGGAAAUCAAAGACAAAACCAAUCAUGGGCUGUAAUUUAUUGUACAGUAAUAAAAUCCACUGUAUCUGAAAUGAGCGAUAGUCCACUCCACAGCACUACAUGUCAACUCUAGUAAAACAAAUACAACUAGGAGCCGGGGCUCCUAGUAAACAUUACAUUGACUGUCUUGUAAAAUGAAUUUAAAAGAAUCUCAAAAAAAGAGACGUAGUGAUUAAGGAUGGAACUAUAUGAUAAAUUCGAGCAUGAUAAUCAUGCAAACGAUAUUCUCUGCCAUAUAACAGUGUGGUAGAAAUUGCUCUUAGCCUUCAUUGUAGAAUCUAAAAUAGCACUUUCCCUGAUCAUGUAGCAGAUUUUCACAGAACGUCCUGCAACACAAAUUCAUCAGUGUAGCAUAACGUUACACUUAGAGUUAUUUCAGAAUUCCUCAACACACUUUACUUUCAUACCUGGUACACUGUCACACUCCUAAUAAUGAUAUUAUUUAUAAUCAUUUCCGUCAUACAGCAAUAUUCUUGGUCAUAAGUACAAUGAAAAAGUCCGUGUUUAAGGGAUGUGUGUAAGUUAGCUCCUCUUUGUCAACAUGACUGUGCUUUCAGAUCAGUUGUAUUAUAAUUGUCAGAUCACAGAUGCAUAAAGUGUACAUGUUUGCUGACUUUUUCCCUUGCUUUUGGUAGAGAUUUAUCAAAAAAUGCCAUUUUUUUUUAAUUCUAAAACUUUAAAUGCUGCUAAAUGUCUGCCUUGGUUGCUAUAUUAAGCUAGCAAGCAAGUGUUACUAGCUAAUGUUCAUUGACUAUAUCGGCUAGCUAACAUGGCUAAACAUCCUUCACUCAAUACUAGACAAGCUAAUUCAAUAAACCUUUUACAAAAAUACACAAGAAUUGUUUUGCCACAGGACUGUGGAUUGUUUCAGUGUUUUUCAUUAUAUUUUGGGAAUUGCGUAUAUCUACAAACGAGUAUGUCAGUGUGUGUGUUUGAGAAUGGUGAACUGUGAUAUCUGCAG